AUGAGGGGACCCUCAUUCAGCAACCCCAUGAUUGCUGAGAGCGUCCAUGUCCUGAGCGAGGCUGGCAAGGAUUGCUACAAGCAGAAAGUGAGCUUGAGUGAUGAUCAGUUUCGCUAUCAACACAGUGACAGACUCAAGCACCCAUGCAACUUGAAACGUUUCCAGCAGUGCAAAAGGUACAGCUACAAAGCAAUAUGA